AUGACUGCACCCAUCAUGAUCGAGGACAUCACGACUCAGGACAAGCCUAAACGUACUCGUAAAUCGCAUAACAAGGUUCGAACGGGCUGCCAGACUUGCAAGAUCCGCCGGAAGAAAUGUGGUGAAGAAAAGCCAUUCUGCCUUCGAUGCACGAGCACAGGUCGCAAAUGUGAUGGCUAUCCAUCACUAUCACCCCCCGCGACUUCUUCAUCUGAAAACUCACCUGAUAGCUUUCCGGAACCGGGCGCAAAAAGACUCAAAGCCCACAGUACCGUUGCCAUCCCGAAACAGCAAAGUCAUAGCCAGAGCAGCGAUGGACAGCUAAAAAGGAUCUGGAGGAGCCCUUCAUCUGUCCGCUUCGACGAUGAUGGGGAGUUCUACUGCUUUGACUUCUUCCGGUCUCGCACUGGUCCAGAGUUCGCCGCUUAUUUCGAUAGCUCGAUCUGGAGGUCCUACACCGUCCGAGCCUGUCUACAGUAUCCCGCUGUUCUCGCCGUCGCUGCCGCGGUCGGUGCUGCCCACCGGCGGUUUGAGUUGGGUAUUUCGCGGGAGGCAUUCGAGUUUUGCGAUAUUUCCGACAAGCUUUACCAGCGAGCCAUCAAGAAAUUAUCACAGGAUAUGGCCUCCAAUAUUCCCAACUCCGCAGAGAUCAACAUGAUCGCCAUGAAACUCAUGGCCGUAUUUGACACUUUCCAGGGUGACAUGGAUCGCGCUCAAGCCCAUAUGACGGCUGGCUUGAAGGGCCUUCUGAACAGAAAUUUCAAAACGACUUACACCGACACACAGUAUCGGACUGUGGAUCUAAAUUACGAAUCCUUGAGGAGGCUGUUCCUCAAAAUCGAGCUCGAGUCGGUUCGCCUUUUUGGUAGCGCGUGUGAGAUCCUCAGUGAUCCUGACGACUGGACGCCGCAAGACGAAAUUGACCACAGCAACCCCUUUACAGACUCUUGCAUGACACCUCCAACGCCUUUCCACAUUCCGGACCCAGUCCCCUACCCAAUCCCACGAGCCUUUAACUCUCUCCACCAAGCCCGCAAUGUGCUUUUCACUGAAGCGACAUGGAUUUGGCACACCUGGGGUCUUCUCGAACAAGGCCUCCUCUCUGGUUCCGGCUUCCGGCGGCAACAGAUCCAUAUCUCUCGCCUCCUCCAGUGGUCCAUGGCGUAUGCCGAAUAUACGAAGUUGGACGUCACACAACGACGAGCCCAGGAUAAACACGCUGCGCAGUUACUGAAAACAUAUCGCGAGGCGGCCUACUUGCUCCUAUUAACCCAGAUGGCAUUCCACGAACCGGACACCGGCGCCCCCAUCGUACCCCUUUGCGACCCUCCUGAAACAUGCGACUGCCAUCGGUCGUGUCGGACGUACGCCGAGCGACGCGAAGCGCUCAACGCGCAUUUCGCUCGCCUGCUCGUGCUCUCCGAGAGCAUUUUCAACGCCUCUUCGUUCUUCGUGUACGAGGAGCACGCCUUAAGCGUCGAUUCGGGCAUUGGACCACCACUGUACGUCGGUAAUUCCAAUUGCCGCUCCACCAAAGUCCGGCACCAGGUGACCAACCUCCUCGAGAAGUCUGAGAUCCAGCACCGUAUCUGGGACACGCUGGGCGUCUACUCCAUAGCAGAGAGAGUGUCUAGUAUUGAGGAGCACGCCGUCGUCAGCUGUGGUGCUGUUCCGGCCUCACUCCAACCGAAGUGGGUUGAUAUCACCCUCUUCCUCGACGAGAGGCGUGUUCUCUUGAGGUAUUGUACCCCUGACAGGGAAGGUAUAGGUGGCAAGAUUCGUGGCACGGGACUCGUCAUUGAUGAAUUUGGUCAGGGAAGUGGCAGUGGCGGCCUUGUCUGGACACAGCAGUGGAUUGCCUUUUGA